UUUCGGGUGUUUUAAAUUUUUAAGGCGAGACUAAUUUAUGAACGUACCAAUCAAAUUCAAGAUAGCGGAUCUUGGAGCGAAAUUCAUUUACUCAUUUGGCCAAAUCCUAUUAUAGCUGAUGUCGGUCCGUGAUAAAAGCAUUAAAUCGAAUUCCUAACCUUGACAUCCAACUUUAAAUCCUACUUUUAAUUCGUCACACAAAUAUACAACCCUCAUUUAACCCUGGUCGUCCAUAAAUUAUAGUCUCACCACAUAUUCUUCUGUAGGUACUACAACCAUGGAUCGCGAUUAUGCUCCACUUUCGUCCAGCUGUGUAAAGAACCUUGUGGAUAAGCUUUUUGAUAAACGCAAAUUAGCAUCUCAAGAAAUCGAAAGAGUUGUCAAGGAUUAUAUUAGUCAGGAUAAGCUUUCAGAUAUUUCUCGAAUCAUUGGAUACUUCAGCCAGGACUUUAUUCAGUCUGCCAACCCUCAUACUCGAAAAGGUGGUUUAUUUGGUCUAGCUUCUGUAGCAAUCGGAUUAAAUGAGGACGCACGUUUUUUUCAUGGACCAAUAAUUUUACCUAUAAUUCGCACAUUCCAUGAUAACGACCCACGCGUGCGACAUUAUGCAUGUGAAGCCCUUUUCAAUGUGAUGAAAAUAACUAGGAAAGAGACGUUAAAUUAUUUGAGCGAUGUGCUUGAUGCCAUUAGUCGAGGUGUAUCGGACUCUGACUCCUCUGUUCGUCCCUCAGCCUUACAAUGUGAUAGACUUUUAAAGGAAAUUAUCAUGGAGACUGAAGUUUGUGACUUAACAGAUAUUGUCUUAUUACUGAAAGAACGUAUUUACACGAACAAUCCGUAUACUCGUCAGUUUAUUGUUUCUUGGAUCACUACCUUAUAUGCUAUACCUGGACUAAAAAUUUCUGUUUACUUGCCGCAAUUAUUGGAUGGGCUUUUCCGUAUACUUGGCGAUCCGAAUCCGGAUUUACGAAGACAAUGUGAAAUGCUUUUAACAGAUUUACUCAAAGAGAUUGAAGCUAAUCCAAAUGAAAUUGCAUUAGAUACAAUGAUCAACAGUUUAAUUGUGCACUGUCGACUUUCAGCAACAGCUUGUGCUUUGGCCGAUAUUGCUUUGAAGCCAUCAUCUCCACGUAACUCUCAGUUUUCUAAUCUCCUCAAUUCAUCAAUCGUUGUUGAUACGUCGGCUCAAAGUAUUAGUCUCACACAAACUGCUCAAAACGCUUCUGAUUCGUGGUCCUUAAAAAGCGGAAAUAUAUGUAACGCACCAGAACAAUUAAAACAACGAGCGGCACUAAAGUGGAUAAAAACAUUUGUUGAAAUAGAUCCGCAUCAUAUGCUUCCAUAUGCUUCAGGAAUUAUUGGUGCUGUUCUUCCCUGCUUUAUGCUCUGUGGACCAUCUGAUGCUUUACAAGAAAGGAAAGUCGCUCUCGAGACAGCUGUGUGCAUAAACGAAACGCUUUUGAAGGCUGUUAGAUUAUUCAAUUCAUGUACUAUGAAUAAUUUGGAUUCAUGCGAAUCAAUAGCUCACAGUGCAAUGGAUUCGCACCGAGUCUCACUGAAUUCAGGAAACCAAAGUGAAUCGUUAGUCAAGUUUUCACAGGCUGAAAAUUCAACUAAACAGUUUACAGACUCAUCUCUCAACACCACAACUGAUACACUAUCUGGUGGACAAAACAAUUCACAAAUUUUGUGCACAGAUGCAAUCUUAGAAGCUACUUUUCAACUUCUUAAUAAUUCAAGUUUAUUUACUCGCUUGGCAGCACUACGCUGGAUUACUGUACUUGCAGAAGUUUGUUCAUCUGAUGUUUUUUCUCAUGUCGAUCGUCUUUUACCAGAAAUGCUCAAACUAGUUUCUGAUCCUGCUGAUGAAAUGGUGCAUUCUACUAUUUCAUUGAUUGGAAAACUCAGUCAUCAUACUACUGUUGUUGGUAAUAAUUAUCACAACAAAGAAUCUGUUAUUUUACCUCAAGAAUUAGUUAAGUUGCUUCAUGAUCCGGCUAUAGUGAAUGGACAAAAUAAUAGUCAGAUUUCUGAUUGUUCAAUGGAGACUUCAUCUCAAGAAUCAUUACCGUCAUCAUCUUCUGCUCCAAAUACAUUUUGUUUACGAUUUCUUCUGGACUUGGUCGAAUUGUUUAACAAAGAUUCAGAAUUAUUACGGAAACGUGGAGAUAUGAUUAUUACCGAUCUCUGCCAAGUUCUUGGUGCUGAUACGGUUUACUGCACCGUUUCAACAAUUAUUUCUUAUAUUAAACCAUUGGAAUCAGCAUUUGUACUGGUACAAGCGUUGAAUCGGAUUCUUUUAACUCAACCAGUGCUACAUAAUUUCCGUAAACAAUUACGUUGUAUUAAUACGAAGGCCCAAUGUCAGUUGUUUGAAAAACUGUAUCGUGCUUGGUGUUAUAAUCCUGUUUCUCUGUUAGCACUAUGUAUGCUGACUGAAAAUUAUAAACAUUGUAGUCGUUUAGUGAAAUCAUUCGGAGAUAUUGUUAUUACUGUUGAAACUCUCUGUGAUAUGGAUCAGCUAAUUCAGAUGAUAGAAUCACCAAUAUUCUCCAGUCUUCGGAUGCAUAUGCUUGAUAAACGAUUCAGUGCUGAUCUUCGCGAAACUUUAUAUUGCCUACUUAUGUGUCUUCCACAAACAGAUGCCUUUCAGACACUUUGGCGACGCUUACAAUGCUUACCACCUGUGGAAUAUAUUUCAGAUAAUCCAGUGUAAUAAUUAUUUUCUUUAGUUUCUAUUUAUAUCCAGAUGCUCUGUGCAAUCACAAGAUCUGAAACACGGAGAAUUAAAUAUUGACUUGUAGCGUUAUUAAGUGUUAAAAAUGAUCUACAUGGUUAUAACAAGAACUCAUUUAAGUAUAGCUGGAUGUAAUCAGCAUUUAAUUUUCCAGUGUUUGAAAUCUUAUGGUUAUCUUUCAAGAGUUAUAUUACCUUCUUCAUAAUGUUUUAAGACGUUAAAUCCUUUAAUGAGACACGGUAGGGAUUUUCCCAUUGCUGUUAUGACUGACUGUUUUUAUUCUUUUGUAUUGAAUGUCAUGUUUAAAGAAUUCUCUAUUAAUAGUAGUCAUUUUAUUCUGACUUUUGUUGUCUUAUUCCCAAUUUUUGAGCUUUUUAUGCAUUACUGCAAUCCGUUAUAAGUUAAAUGCAUUUGCGACCUAAUGAAUUUACGCCUACUGACUUUAUAUAACAAAUCUGGGUAACUGUUUAUGCUACUUACUAAUAGAAAGUAGUUCGAUAUCCCAAGCUUUAAUAAAGUGGAGUCCCCUUGAGUGCUUAGUCUGUUUGCUAUAAUAAGAGCAAAACUGUCAUAGUUAACUGUUAUUCAUUGGAUUUGUGUAUAAUGGUUUAGUUAUCUUGAAUAAGAUUUCCAUAUUGAACUAAUAUUUAUUGUUAUAAGGUAUAAAUUUUAAAACCAUUUCUUUUUGUAUUGAUCCACUCUUUUAAGUAGUCGGAUUUCAAAAGGUCCCCAGUCUACACAGAAUAUAAUUAGUGUGUACAUCAACUUUAAUGAGUUAUUUGAUUACUUUCAUUCAAUUCAGAAGCAAUCUGAUGAAUAUCGUUUAAUGAAAAUGAUAAAUCACAAUAGGAAUGGAGCACAACCACAAAAUCAAAAUAGUUAUACAAUAUCCAACGAAAAUCGUUCAAAUAGAGGUAGUCUUGGAAACGUUUUUAAUAAACUGGCUGUCUCCGAUGAAAAGCCAUCUGAUAAUAUAUAUCCAACUGAUAUUCAGAGGAAAAUUGAUUCUAAAACCACAGUUUGUUCAGCUAAUGAUUAUCUUACUGCGAGUUUUGCCAAUCUAGGAAUAAACAUUGACUACGGUGCCCCAUUGAAUAUCGUUGAUUAGUUGGGUUUUUGUCGGAAUCGUUUGCAUGUUGAAUAUGAUGCUUUUUAUUGAUUUUUGGAUUUUUAUCUUUAUAUACAAAUGACUCCAUGUGAUCACUUCUAUUUACAUGUACUAUGUUAAAUUGUGAUUUUUCAAUACUUCUGAAACUGCAUAUAACUGGUGAUUGAAAAUAUGAUACAUUUAAGGUCACUUCAUUUACUUUAACUUUUUCGUAAUUCUUAAAUAUGAUUUUUCUUCAUUACCAGUCUUUUGUUCUUUUAUCAACUGUGAUCAAUAAGACGAUUGAACUUUCUUGUUGGUGUCCUUUUACAACGGAUAAUUUUCAUUCCCAUAACGCAAUGCUUUUUCUUUUGUUAUAUAUAUUCAGUACUUUAUACAAUUUAUUUGCAUGGAUGUGCGCAGUUGGUGUUGGUCACGUGUGAUGAGGUAGCUUGUAAUUGUUGCUCAACUUCAAAUAGACUAAACAUCUAACCAGUGGAUCCUUGUAGUGUGUAUAUGUACAAAUGGAGUGGAUUGUUAGGUGUACUUUGUCACAUUGCCUACCAAAUUUGACAACACUAUUUAAGUCUCCCUUCCCAAGUUUGGCUGUUACGACUUUAAAUGUAUGGAAAACAGCUGAGUUUUUUUCAGGUAAAUGGUUUAAUCCAAAAAAAAUAAAGAAAUUUUUAAAAUGUUUAUCAGAAUUCAGGAUCUUGUUAUUCUGAAUUGUGGGAGUAUUCUUUACUGACAUUGCAUUGACAAUU